AAAUAAUAAAGAAAAACAUAUUCGCCGUUCAGUUCCCCCACCCCAAAUCGGCGAUCCUUGAAUCGUUGCCAACCAAUCUCCGUUGCCGAUCCACUUCAACCGCCGCUGCCAGUCAGUCUAUCCACCGAUCUGAUUACCGGAACCUGCUGACUGAUAUUCAAUUAUCCAUUAACUCAAAAGGGUUUUUCUGACGAUGGGAUUGAGUAAAACUGAAAUCAAUUUUAGACGAUUGCUAGCAGCCGCUCCUCAACAACAUCAUCAAUCCAAACUUAUUCAUUAUGUUAGCACUCUAAGAGAGCUGUUGGAGCAACUCGCUGCAGAGAGAACACCGGAAGGAUUACCGAGAAUUUCAAAAGCUACAUUGAGUGAUUACUCUGAGAAAAUUGAAGCAAUUGCUGCCAACUUGGCUUCUUCAGAAUUGAACAUUGAAGAAUCUCCAGAGCCACUAACUACCGAAAUUUCUGUCAACCGAAAGACUACAAAAACGGAAGAACACAGUGUCUCCCCUUCUGCAGGGUUGAGAAGAAGAGUGGUACCCCCUUCGACUGUUGAAGACAGAAGCCAAAAUACAGAUGAUGCAACUGAUUCAGCUGCUAUAAAAUUGGAUGCUGCAGCACAGGCCCAUAUUACAAAGCACAGGAAGCUCCAAGAAGACUUGACUGAUGAAAUGGUUGGGUUAGCACGGCAGCUUAAAGAGAGUACUCUCAUGAUGAAUCAAUCCAUAAAAAACACCGACAAAAUUCUUGACUCAACAGAGGAAGCAGUCGAGCGUAGCUUAGCGAGUACGGGACGAGCCAAUACACAGGCAAUGGAUAUAUACUCUCAGAGUUCCAAGACUUCAUGCUUCACAUGGCUUGUGAUGCUUCUGAUGACAUGCAUCUUUGUCAUGGUGGUUCUUCUUAUCAAAGUCACAUAAAUAUUUGUAUAUUGAGUUAACUGCCAUUUUCGUCC